CGACACAACACGCGAUUAUUCAAGAAUGACCAAGCUGUCCUCUACUGAUUCCUAUCUUAAAAGCCCCGAAGCUUCGGAAGCCAAUAUUGAAGGGGCCUUGAAUUUCCGAAGUUUCGGGGGAUAUUCAAGCAAUGUCUCUCAGGAUGCAGUGACACGGGAAGGGUUCAUUUAUCGCUCUGGAAAUCUUUCGAGCAUCACGAACAAUGGCUGGGAAAAGAUACGGGAGCUUCAUAUAUCAACUAUAGUCAACCUGACGGACAUGGACGAAGCGAACGCACUAUACGCUAAUGACGCUCAACGUUCGGAGAGGACCAAGGGCUUCAAAUUGCUUCACCUUCCCUUAAACCAAAAAGAGUUCGACAAGACAAGCCUUUUCACUAAAUAUUGUGGAUAUGUCUCUGAGGGUUAUGAUGGCAUUGCUCAAGAUUAUGUAUCCCUUCUUCGAGAAGGACCCGCUGUGAUUCGAAAAAUACUACUUCAGAUCCGCGACUACCCCAACGAAGUUUUCAUUAUCCAUUGCUCGAUGGGCAAAGAUCGCACAGGAGUCGUGCUUGCGGUUCUAUUGAUCUUAGCUGGUGUUUCGAAAGAGACUGUCUCGGAGGAGUAUUGCCUUAGCGGAGCGGCUUUGGAACCGCUUCUCCCAAAAGUUUUUGCUCUCGCGCAGCAGAUGGCUCCAUGCGGUACUAGUGAAACCGAUUGCCAUCGGAUUGCCAAAGAAGCGAUACAAACAAGUAAGGCGGUGAUGCUUCGCACUCUUGAGCUGGUGGAAAUUGAAUUUGGCGGUGUUAAUCGCUACGCUGAAGAACACUGCGGGUUGACUUCGGAGGAUGUGGAACUCAUUCGGCACAACUUGGUACAAUUACGUCGUUGA